AUGAGUCCUUUUAUCAAACUUCCUACAGAGAUCGUCGAAAUAAUGCAAGCUUCUAAUCGAGAACUAAAUAAGUCUCUUCUCAAAUCUUCCACCUUAUAUGUGGGCAAUUUGUCCUUCUACACGCGAGAAGAACAGAUCUGGGAGCUCUUUAGUAGAGCUGGGGAGGUGCGGCGAGUUAUUAUGGGCCUUCACAGAGUUGACAAGACCCCCUGCGGUUUUUGUUUCGUGGAGUACGAAGACAGAGAAGGAGCUGAAAUGGCAAUGAGGUACAUCAACCAUUGCCGGCUCGAUGAUCGAAUAAUCAGAACAGACUGGGACGCCGGGUUUGCAGAGGGUCGACAGUUUGGUCGUGGACGAAGUGGUGGUCAGGUUCGUGACGAGUUCCGAAAGGACUUUGACGCAGACAGGGGCGGAUACGGCAAGAUGGUUCAGAGAAUGAUACAGGAUUGA